AUGGCAGCUGACACAAGUUCAUCGACAUCUGCCUUCGUUACCACUCUCAUUUUCAAUCUCAUCGUAGGUGGUAUAUUUUUACUUCUCUUUGUCCUCUUCCGCCAAAGGGAGAAAAGAGUAUACCAACCGAGAACACUAACUGACGUUCAAACGCUACCUGAAGAACAGAGAAUAGACACUAUACCUCCAUCAAAGAAUAAAUUUUUUGAUUGGAUCCCUUACAUUCUAACAAAACCACAUUCUUUUGUCAUUCAACAUGCCGGUGUAGAUGGUUAUUUCUAUCUUCGUUACAUGGGAAUUUUCAUAACUUCUACCGUAAUAAUAAUGUGUCUAGUGCUCCCUAUACUUUUACCGGUUAAUGCGACAAACGGCAACAAUCUUAAAGGGUUCGAAAUAUUGUCAUUCGCUAAUGUUAAAAAUAAAAAUAGAUUUUACGCUCACGUAUUUUUAUCGUGGAUCGUGUUUCUUUUCUUAAUUUACGUCAUCUACAAGGAAUUGUACUACUAUGUCGUAUUUAGACAUGCCAUGCAAACCUCGCCUCUCUAUGACGGUUUAAUAUCUUCGAGAACUGUAAUCCUUACUGAAUUGAAGGAUGAAUUCAAUGAAGGUGAAUUUAAAAAUGAAUUUCCAGAAUCUUCUUCAAUAACAUUUGCCUAUGAUUUGUCAGAUUUGGAUGAUACAUGUAAAGAACGUUCUAAAAAUUCUCAAAAAUUAGAGAAGGCUCUCAAUAAAGUAAUUAAUAAGUCUGUUAAAAAGAGAAAGAAAGCUGAAAAGAAAGGUAAAUUAGAUAAAUUGUACGAUGACGGUAAGAAACCACAGGAUGAUCUAGAAACUUAUGUACCUUUCAAGAAAAGACCACACCAUAGAACAGGUCCUUGGUAUUUCCCCCCAAUAUAUCCAAUAUUUCAUAGGAAAAAAGUUAAUACCAUUCAACAUUGCUCUCAUGAAAUUGUAGAUUUGAAUGAAAAAGUUGCUGAUCUUCAAAAAAAUUACAAAGACAAUACAAGAUUAAGGACCGUUUUUGUACAAUUUGAAAAUCAAAUUGAUGCUCAAAAAUGUUAUCAAACUUUAGCAGGUAAUGAUCUUUCAGAUGCUUUUGGUAAAAGAUUUAUUUGUUCUGCACCCGAUGAUAUAAUUUGGGAUAACGUCAAUAUAACUACAGGCAGAAGACGUAUAAGAAGAAUAUUAGGAAAUACUUUCUUGACUCUCAUGAUAAUUUUUUGGGCUAUCCCAGUAGCUGUCGUCGGUUGUAUCUCCAAUAUCAACUUCUUAACUCAAAAAAUCCCUUUUUUACGUUGGAUUAAUAAUCUUCCAAAUGUAUUAAUGGGUUUAAUUACUGGUCUUUUACCAACUAUCUUGUUAGCUAUAUUGAUGUCUUUGGUAGCACCAAUAAUUACAAAAGUUGGUAAAUUAUCUGGUUGCAUUACUUAUCAACAAAAUUCUAAAUUUAUUCAACGCUGGUAUUUUGCAUUUCAAGUGAUUCAAGUUUUUAUUGUUACUACUCUUGCUUCUUCUGCAGCAGCUACUGUUGAAGCAAUCAUUAACGAUCCUUCUUCUGCAAUGACUUUAUUGGCAAAUAACUUACCAAAGGCCUCUAAUUUCUACAUCUUUUAUUUCUUACUCCUGGCCUUAACGACACCGACAAGUAAUCUUCUACAAGCUGUUACAUUGGUGCUAGCAAAAUUAACACCAUUUUUGGAUUCAACUCCAAGGGCAAAAUGGUUACGUUACAAUAAAUUAUCACAACCAAAUUAUUCAGUACUUUAUCCUACAGUCCAAAUUCUAGCAAUAAUUGAAAUUUGUUACAUGAUAAUCGCACCAAUUUUGAUGAUUUUUUCCACUUUAGCAUUUGUUUUGACUUACAUUGCCACCUUAUAUAACAUAUUGUUUGUGAUGGCACCAUCAGAUCAUGACAAUCGUGGAAGAAAUUAUCCAUGGGCUCUUUUCCAAAUCUUUGUUGGUAUUUAUCUCUCUGAAGUCUGUCUAUUAGGUCUUUUCAUUAUGGCUAAAUCCUGGGGACCAUUAGUGUUGGAAGUGGUUAUAUUGGUAGCUACUGCAUUCCUACAUAUUUUUUUGAAAUGGAGGUUCAAUACAUUAAUUGAUCAUGAUUUUGUACCAUUGAGUGCAAUUCAUCUAUCGAGAGGUGAAUUAAGGUAUUUGUACCCUCAAGAUGACUUGGGUCUCGGAGAAAUAAAUGAACUGGCAAAAUCCACAAAGCAAGGUUUCGAAAAUGACGAAACUGGCGGUGUCAUCAGGAUUGCUACAGAGAGAGAGUUAGAGCAUGCAGGUAUUUUACCAAAUGAGGAAGAAACGGGUGAUAAUGAUAUGGAUACAAAGACAAACGUUGAAGAACAAAGAAAGUUAAGUAGUUUUACCGGAACUACCAUGAGUUCUAAUGGUGUAAGUACUUUCAUUAACGAAGACGGAAGAUUUAGAAAAUUUAGUUAUACCGAUGUGGAGAGAUUAAGAUCAGAAUAUGGAUAUAGGGACCAAGAAAGUAAUGGAGGUGACCGACUAGGUCCUGAAGGUGCAAUUGUAACCAACGCUGACUAUGGUAACAUAGUUUACAGUGACCCAAAUGCUGUUACAAACGAUACUAGUGCAUUCCCAAGAAAUAUUAACAGAAACGUGGUCAAGCAACGUAUUGUCAAUUUCUUCAGUCCAAAAAAAAGUUAUCCAUUUGCAAGUAUGAGACGCAGGCUACCACAUGCAUUCAAUACGGUGGUCGAAUACGACCCUACCUACAUGCUAAAUGCCUAUACAGACCCUUUUGUUUUUGAGCAUAAACCCAUUAUUUGGAUUUGCAAGGAUCCAAUGGGAGUAUCAAAGAAAGAAAUUAAUGAACUGAAAGUUAUUGGAGCUGAUGUGAGAGAUGAUUUCACCGAGUAUGAUGACAAGGGAAGGCCCAUAUUCACAUUCAAUCCACCGGAUUAUGAAAAUCCAGCAAAGAAGUAG